AUAACCUAAUAAGUCUACAAACUCUUUACUUAAAAAUAUUUUAUUAAAAUAAGAUUAGGUAAUUAAAUAAAUUCUUCUCAGCUUAUAAAUAUGUCCGAAAUUUAAAAAUCACUUUCGAAAAUACUAAAAGUAAUGUGUGUUGUGAAGAAUAGCAAGGAGUAAAAUAAAGCUUUCCUUUCUUACACUAGGUAAUGUUAGAUGUGUUUGUGUAUAAGGUAUUUCUCCCGCUUUCCUAGAGUGCCUUCGUGGUGUAGUGGUUUUGCACGCUGGGGCGGUAUUUCAGGAGUUCGUGAUUCGAUUCUCGGCGAAGACAUUUGCUCAUUUUUCAUCUUCGGAAAAAUCCUAAUGUCUCUACAAUGUAAACUAACAGUUGAACAAAGUUCAUUAUAUCAGUAUUUUCAUCCAAAUGCAAUGCGAAAUACUUACUAUGUUUUAUUUUUUGAAUACACAUCCCUUUUAUAGAAUUUGCCGUUUCACGAAUUCGUUGACUUAUUGUAUUACUCGAUAACGGGAUAUUAUUAAGUUCAUUAGUGAUUUCUCAUUGAAUAAUUUUAAAAUGAUAGCUUUAGCUGCUGGCAAUGUAUAGCUUUAGCUGUUGGCAAUGUAAGGUUUUCUCCAAUACUGUGAGCCUGCCCAGUCUUGGCAAAUCUUAGGCUUACUGAAUAACUAGCUUCUAAAGCUUUUUCACUUGAACAAAACAUUUUAUUACUUGUCUACUAUUUUUGAACUCCUUAAAAAAUACCCAAUUUUCUACAUGUGUUACAAUCCCUCUUUUAAAAAUAUUUUUUUUCUGUUAAUAUGAACAUAAAAACUACAUUUUUUUGCAGAGUAUACAAAUUCUCAUUGACGCUGCAAAGCAAGCAUUGGUGGAUAACAAUACUGAAGCUGUUAAAGAAAUUAUAAGACAUGAUUCCUAUGCAGAUUAUAUCUUCCCUUCAGUGUCGGAUGGUCGUGUUCGAGUGUCUGUUUGGGAUCUAUUCAUGAAAGAAAAUGUUAAAUUUCCAGAUAAGUUCAAAAAUCCAACCGUUCAGCGUGCAAAUUAUGACGCCGCCCUAGGGAAUAUUUUACUUCAUCAGGCAGCCAUCAUUUCAGAUUAUGAGCUGAUGAGAUUAGUUAUAGAAAAAGGAGCCGAUGUUACCAGCAUAGACAGAUACAAGCAAACAGCAUUACAUAUUGCUUGCAAUGAAGAGUCUUUAGAAAUUAUAAAGUUCCUGACUGAGAAAUCGCCCGCAUACAUUCUUGACCUUCGUGAUACAUUCUUGACCUUCGUGAUAUAUUUGGAUAUACACCGUUGGACGUAGCGUGUGCAUUUAGUUGCCCAGACGUUGUGC